AAAAUGAACUUAAUUAUACUAUACAUUACACAGUCUUCUUAAAAAUCACUAGUAAAAAUAGUACCCACAGGCCACAAUAUAUUGUCUCUAUCCAUCUUUAUAUUUUAAGCCAUGCAAAAUACUACAUAAUAUAUAAUUGCCUUCUAUUAGCGAUUGUCAAAUUCCAAGGUUAUAUACCUACGUGAUUAAUGAAAAAUUAUAACUGCGUAUUUAGAACCAGUCGUUAUUAUAAACCUCACAAAUACACAAUACUACAAUGCAAAUUCUCGAAAAAAGAUGGACUUUAAGAACCACUAUUUUCUGCACCUAAUUGAUAUGUAGUUUGAAGUCUCGCACCUAAUGCCCUUCAUAAACCGUAAAACUUGAUUAUUUCUGGGUUUGCCUUUACUACGAUAGCACGACGAGGCAUCAGCUGAUUAUAGUCAUCCAGUGUUCAUGUUAUGGUCCGUUUAUGAUAUAGUGCAUUGAUUUCUGCGUUGAAAAUGGGGACAAACAGAGUGGAAAAAUUCAUUGUACAUUCUCGUGCAUUACUUUUUAUGAACCACUGGGUAUUUCACGCGAUUACAAUGUUCAUUCGAUUGUGUCCAACUGUAAAGAGGACACCGAAGCUUUACAUUUAUUAAUUCGUGACCGUUCCUACUGAGACAAAAACAAAUGAUACACAAACGCUGCUUAUUCGUUCAACACGUCAAACCAAACCAGUUUUCAAUUGUGUAAGUCGGGGACAAUUCAUUCAAUGACAUUAGACUGCGUUUACGGGCGGCCAAAGGGUCCACUGCCCGAUGACAUUGCAUCCACCAGACGCCUGUUGGGCAUGACCGACGAGUCGAUACGCCGAGAUGUCUGCGAGCUCACUCAGUGGCUUCGCGACCAACCUAACCUGCCAAACACGUUGGAUGGAGUGGAAUUGGAUUGGUGGAUGGAGAAUUACCUGGUUAUGAAUAAGAAUGAAGUGGAAAGAGUCAAAGACAACUUGCCAGUAUACUUUCAACUAAAAACUAUCAUACCGGAAGUAAUGAACAACAGAGAUCCAAAAACUAAUAAGGAUAUGAUAAAAGGAUAUGACACGACACUUAUAGGUUUGGUACCUACGGUAAUGGACGGUGGCAGAAAACUAGCAGUGUAUAUGCAUCGCCAAGAUACGCCGACAUCAGAUUACAGCCCAGUGGGCAUAGCCAUGCACUUGACAUGUUUGGCCGACCUUUAUCUCGCCCAAGGAAUAGAUCAUAUAAAACUCGUGCUCGUUAUCGACAUGAGGACGGUGCGGUUAGGUCAUUUGGCCAGAUAUCCAUUAGGGAUGUUACGCCGUUUUUUCUUAUACGCCUGGAAAGCUUAUCCAGAACGUGUGGCUCAGAUCCACAUAAUAAAUCCACCAGCCAUAUUGAGUGUAAUAAUGGCGAUGUUUAAACCUCUCCUUAAGGCGAAAAUUCGAAAGAGAAUGAUUGUACAUCGUCAUUUUGAAACAUUCUUGGAGCACGUGCCAUUAAAAUAUAUGCCUAAGGACUAUGGAGGCGAAUCACCGUCAUUGAUUGAGCUUCAUGAGGCUUGGCGUCAAAAAAUUAUCGAUCAUCAACCAUAUUUCAAAAAGUGUUCGGCUAAACAUAGAGUGGUGGACAAAAAAGCAAAUGUUGAAUCUUCUGAAAAUAAUAUGUCGUCGUAAAACUGAUUAGCAAUAUUAAUAUUAUUAGUUAUUACGAUUUAUGAAUGUACAUUAUAGGUAUACUUUUAUGAAAAUAACCGUGUAUCAACAUUAAUUUAGUUAUACAAUUGAUUUAAAUAUAAAUAAUUAUGAAUUGUAUCCAUGUUUAUAAAUCCAUGUGUGUAUUGUUUUGUUUUUUUCAAAUUAAAAGGACCACAAGAAAAUAAAUAAAUUUUCUAAGGUCGUUAAAAUUUCUUUCUGAAAGUAUUAUAAUACCUAUUACCUAUAGUUAAUUAAGUUAUAAAUAGGUAUAUAAUGCAUUUAAUAUAAUUUUGUACACCUACAAAAUGUAUUGUAUUAUAUGAUAUAUAUUAUAAAUGUCAUGGGAAAUCAUAAUUAUUAAGUAUACAAGUAUUAUUUAAAAUGUAUUUUUACUAUUGAAUAUUUAUUACAAUGUGUAUUUCAAACAUACACUAAAAGCAAUAAUGGAUAAUUUACUAGGUAAUACGUUAUACAAUAAGACCUAUUAUUGAAGCGUAAGUUUUUAUUUAUUGCAUAUGAUUAAAAAAUGACUAUAUAAUUAUACUUUUAUUUAUUCUAUAG